AACCCGGACAAAAAAAAUUUCAAAUUUGUUGCCUUGAAUUGCGAGAUGGUUUUCUCAUCGAAACAAAUGUCAAUAACAUUAUAGGAAGGAUCAAACUCAUCGAAGUGUGCACACCUGACCUCAACUUUAAAAAGAUAUAAUUUAUCUAUCAAGAGUCUAUUAAAGAGAUCUGGUUGUAUGUCUCCACCCGGCACAUUCUGUGUGAACAAUUUAAUUAAGUAUCAAUAAGUACACCAAAAGCAAGAAGUAAUAUUAUAUUUCACAAUGUUAUUUUUGCUUAACAAACAUAAACUGUUGUGCCGAGGAGCUAAACAGAAACUGCCGUGUACCACCUGCAGCAAUGUUAUAUUGAGCACUACAGCAAAUAUAACACUGUUUCCGUAUAUAGACUGCAACAAUGUAGACAUUGGUAAAUAUAAAAUAUUCAUAUUGACAGUGCUCAACAAACACAUAGACAGUGCUGAAUAUAACAUUGCUCUCGUUUAUAAACUGCAGCAAAUUUCGUUUACAAAUUUUUUUGAACAUUUUUGCUCAACAAACAUAAAGUGCAGAAGUCAAAAAAGAUAAACUGAUGCACACCUAAACGAUAGAGGAAUUAAACAGACACUGUAUAUGAGAUCAAAAUGAACAUUUAAUUUCCAUGAAUGUACUUAGACGUAAAUAAGCAAGCUCUGAAGUUGAUCAUUAAGUUUUUAACUAAAUUUUGUCCAAGUUGCACUUAAAUAAGCUCCAACCUAUAGCAUCCUGAUUUAUUGAUCUCAAAGGGGUUAUAAUAUAAUUGAGUCCAGCCUAUUAAAGGUGCUCAAAAAAACAUAAAUUGCAAUGGCAGAGGAUUUAAACAGGCAGUGCAAAUGAGUUCAAAAUGAUUAUUUUAUUUUCACGAAUGUUCUUAAACCUGUAUGUUUUUGUGAAGUAAACAGGGACUUAAACCUGUUCUAGGUUAAUUUCCCUGAAGGCCACAUCAGGGACACCCACACAACCUUGGGAAGACCUAAAUGCCUAGCUAAGCAGUUCAAACAAAGUCUACCCUAUAACUCUAAUAGUCGGUCUACAAUGGUUCCUAUCUUCAGUCAUUUCCUUAGUGAGAUGUAUUAUCUCAGUCUGCUUCUCCUUAGGUCUUCCACUACCCCUUAAUAGAGGAAAAAUUGCUGAGCACAUUCCCCACUGGGAAACUGCAAUAAUUUUUAGGAAUUAAAUAUUAAUGCUGCACAAUUGAGCAGUGGCAUUGUCCUCACUUAAAGUGAAAUUGCUUUAGAUAUCCUCAGAGAAAAUGAUGCUGAAGUGUGAACUGACAUGCUCCCAUGGAUCUAAAUGUCAUAUUAAUACCAGAACACGAGGAACCAAUUUUACCUUCCUUCUGUCCAUAUGUGUUCAUACAUCCUUCACAACGACAUGCACUAUAACAUCCAACAUUAGCCUUCAAAGAUGGAGCAAACAAAUGUGACUUAUUACAUGAUGAAUUAAAAAUGUCCAAUAGGGUAAUGGUUAAGAGACAGAGCAGUGAAUCACCAACUUAUACCUGAUACAUCAUAGGGUUUAGAAAAUGAGUUCAGAAAUAAAGGCUGCACAUCUAAGACAAAUAUAGGUUGUUUAUUAUUUCAAGAAACAAUACCUGGUAGCAGUCACAAUACUUUUUCAUGCACACUGAUCUGGAAAAUAAUAUGCCUAAAUUCUAUGAGUAGAAUUUACUGUAAGAAUUUACUUUGGAUUUGGCAAACAUAAUAACGGAAAAAGAAUAUAAAUUAGGUUUAGAAUCUCGCUAUUAAGCAACACAUGAUUCAAAAUUGAUUAAUUGACCGAAAAAAUUGGGGAAUCAUAGAGAAGUGCUCGAAAUAGGUAUGGAAGAUGAAUAUAUUAGAAUCGCACAUGUAAUUUGGGAAUAACCUGGAUCUUGAAGCACGCUAAGAAUCCGCGAAGAAUCAAGGUUAACAGCCUGACGGUGUAGGUUUCGGAAUUAAGGCUAAGAAUCCGCGAAGAAUCUGGGAACCAUUCCUUCUAUUUCUUGAAUUUGCCAUAUUUGGGCGAAUGGGCGAAGAAGAUGUUUUGGCCAGGAAGAAAGACGCAAAUCGCGCAGAUGAAGAGAAGUGCCUUGAUAAGGAAUUUCUGAUUUUUUUCUCAGAAGCUUACGCGUGGACGACUGCUUACGUGUCUUAAAUUAGGACACCUAAAUUGCCACGUGUCAAAAUCUUAGGAAUCAAACUCUCAAAUUUUAUAUUAAAGGAUAGAAAAAGUGAUUUAA